AUGGAUCCUACCACCACUGAAGGCAGCACUUCUGUGGAGCCACGCGCAGCUGGAAGGUUUUGUCCAGGGUUUGCUCUAGCCUCGGUUGGUGAUGUGAACCAACCAGACCUACUCCGUUCAAAAACUUUGAGGUUGGAUGACACCCAUCCUUCAACCGAUUCCCUGCAAGUCCACCUUGGGGAAAGUGGUGCAAGCCUGAAGACCCCGUCACCCAAGCAUGUGGCCCGUUCCCUCAGUGCUGAGUGGAUGCAUGACCGGCUUCCGGACACCCCCUUUACUCCUUUGAUCCCAGAUCCUGUCUUCACAAUUGACUUUAACCCGGGAUGGACGUAUGUUUUGGACAGCUGGUGCAAAAACCAUGAUGACUUCGACAAUCAUUGGCUUUCAGGGCCCAAGGAUGAAAUUUUCAUCUUCAAUGGAUGUGGCACAGUUUCACCAGACCCCACCCCAGAGUCUUUUCCCCUUCGGGUCAUCAAGGGCAAACCGCCCAUGGCAGAGAAUACGCAGGUGCCAGUCGUGGCAAGCACGGAACCAGAACAAACACAGGUGAGCAGUGAGACGAAUGGCACAGAGGCAGGGGAACCUACACCUUCUCACACCGAGGGCACACCAGGGUCAGGGUCAGGGUUGUCCAACAAGGCGACAGGGGGUGCAGGGACUCGGGUAGCACCUACCAAAGAACUCACCAUGUACGAGGACGGGACUUACUGGAAGAUGCUAGUUUCAAAUUAUAUUUUGUUGUGUUGGCCUGCUUUUAUUCAUCCCAUUCCGGAGGCUGAUAUUUCGAAAUCUAUGAUAUUCAGUAAUGUGGGUAAAACAACAAUAAAGCGAACCACUCAUUUGGGAAUUGUUUAUACCACCAUAAUGUUGAUUUUGGGGGAGAUGUACCCAGUUAAACUUGACUACAAAACCUGA